AUGAGGACUUCCUCGGCUUGGUUUGUAAUUGGCUUCUGCCUAAUCCUUCAGCAGCUGGUAGUGGAUGCGUACUUUCUGAAUCCGAUCUGUGGUGUAUCCUAUGAAUCCUAUGUGGGUACGAGGAUCAUGAACGGUAAAGAAGCUGUAAUAAAAUCGGCUCCGUUUAUGGCCUAUUUUUUCAACAGCUCCAAAGUGCAUUGUGGUGGAUCGAUCAUCAACUCAAGAUACAUACUAACUGCCGCGCAUUGCAUUGAGCCCCAUUUAAAGGUGCGACUGGGAGAACACGAUAUUAGAACGGAUCCCGACUGCCAGGGGCAUAGUUGCUCUCCACGUUCUGAGGAAUAUGGCAUUGCGGCAGCAGCAAAGCACCGACUCUACAAUAAUGACUCCAUGCCCCACGACAUAGGUCUGGUCAAACUAAACCGAACCAUCAAUUUUAAUAUUCAUAUUCAGCCCAUUUGCCUGGUGCUUAAUCCGGCCAGUGUGCCCAAUGUGGAUGAAUAUCAGGCUUUCGGGUGGGGUAAAACUGCGAAACAUCAUUAUUCCACUGUGCUCCAGACCACUGUACUUGCGCGGUAUAAUAUACGUUACUGCAAUGAAAACCUUGGAGUGACAGUCACCCAGAACCAGAUUUGCGCUGGCUACGACGAACAGGACACCUGCUCCGGCGACUCCGGUGGACCUCUCGUGACCAAGGUAAACUUCGAUGGAGUCAAUCGCUACCUACAGCUGGGCAUCGUGAGCUUUGGCCCAAAACAGUGUAGGAGUCCAGGAGUCUACACUUUUGUUCCCAAUUACAUUGAUUGGCUUCGGCAGGCGAUGCGGUCCCUUGGAAAUUAA